GUAAAAGCGCGUCAAAUCUUCCUAUUUGGGUGUUUUUAUUGAUUUACAGGCCUUUGUUGCAUUCCAUUCAAAUACCAUCAAGAUGUCGACUCCCGAUGUCGGCAAGUUGGAUCUCUCUGAUUCAGACACAGAAGACCUUUUCGCAAGCCCGUCAAAAGUCUCCAAGCAAAGCCAGAAAUCCAAUCCAAAAUCAGAUGUGCCAUCAAAUUGCAAUGUCGAAUCGAAGUAUGACGCAGAGCAGGCGCGAGAAGCUUCGUUGCGGAAAGAAUUGGAGAGCGUUCGGAGUAUCAACGAAGUCAUAGAAAGCGUGGUGUCCAGCCUAGAGGUUGCAAAGGGGAAUAUGGAUACGGUAUCGCGCACAGUCACAUCUGCUUCCACACUUCUGAAUACCUGGAUACGAAUACUGUCACAAACAGAGCACAAUCAACGGUUGAUUCUGAAUCCCAAUUGGCAAGGGGCAAGCCAGGAUAUAGCAGAUAUGGAGAAUGAGAUGGUAUUGAAGGCACAACAAGCCGAGAGAAGAGCAGCAGAGGAAGAGAGGCGGCGUGAGGAUGCGAGGCGGAGAGCAGAAGAUGAAGAAAGACAACGGCAGGCUGGCACCUCUGUUCGUGGGGCUAGAGGAACGAGGGGAAGAGGCAGAGGAACUGGGAGAGGGGGUAUCAGUGGGACUGGAUACGUUGCUGGUGGAUCAAGCAGCUUGUCAGGGGGUAGUCGAGGCACAUCACAAACAGGAAGAAGUGGUACUGGCAUAGGCAGAGGCCUUAGAGGUACAAGAGGCCGGGCUCGUGGAGUUAGAUGAGUGCAAAUAAUAUGAAAAGACAAAAUGAUCGCAAAGUUCAC